UGAACGGCCAAUGCGCAAUUGACGAAUCUAUCUUAAUGACAUGGCGACAGAAUCCAGAGCGCCGUGCUCAUCAGCAUGAUGACUUCGACGGACCCCAUCUCGAUCAGCUUGUCAAUGACUUCGUCUCCGCAAUGGCUCCUUUCUCGGCAUUGAUCCUGACCAUCAUCAUGGUGAUUCUUUUUCUGAUCAAGCUCUACGUUGUCGAAAGGAUUCUCAUGCGCACAAAACGAUGUCGUUGUCAUUUGAUCGUCUGAGCCCAAUACAACAAUGUACUUUCAUCAAUCAUCACGUCGCUGCAGGUUGCAAGGUCAUUCUCUUGGGUUCCGCGGCCUAUCCAUUCCUCGCCGUAGCUUUCGGUUCGGCGACACUCAAGCCACCUAUGAUCCCACACCAUCACCAUAUGCCACCAAUGGGGACGUCAUCACUCUGUGAUGACAGAUAUUCGGCGCCAUGUACUCCGUACAUCUUUGAACUCUUCCUUCGAAGAAAAAUAAGUCCUAUCAGUGCCGCACAUCACACCCGGGCUAUCGUUAUUACGCAAUCAGCCAUGGCGAUCAGUCUGAAUUUCCAGCACGAAAAGGAUGCCACUUAUGAGUUUGUCCUGCGCUUUGUUUGGGGUACGCUUUCAAUCAUGUGCCUUUGCUCUGUUUGAGGCUAAGUUUGUCUGCUAACCCUCACGUCUCUGGAACCGGUGCAUUCGACGUCGUCGCCGAAUUCUGGCCUCAUCUUGCCACGAUCCUUUACCGCCUCUAUCCAGACCGGCCCUGCCUAAUGUACAGACUCUUUCUUGGCACUAUGACGGCCGAGAUCGCAGGAACCACCCUCGAGACCGUUCUUAUGCUCUGGGACUCACUAUGGAAUCAGUGGACGCUGUCCUUCAGGAUCGCCUCACCAAUUCUGCAUGCGCUUUUCAGUGAAACUGAUCGACGCUUGGAUAUUCUGUCGUUUGGCAAAAAAGCGAACAGUCAAAGUUGAAUGCUGCAAAAGUUGAUGUCAGCCACUUGAACGGACCACACGCCGUGUCGGAUGAGCCUGCAAACGCAAAUCGUUGAAGGCUGUUACUUACAACGUGAAACUUGCCCCGGGAUCUUCGACGAUACUACUUAGCUUAUGUUCAUUGAAGAACAAGUCGAGGAAAGCGAGGCCAUGAGGCUGAGCAAGCAAGUAAAUCUUCCCCUUUGGCACAUCCUACAGAGAAUUCGCGGAAGAAAAUGCUGCUAUUGGGGGGUGGAGGGCCGCCGACGAACACUAUAUUGUCUCGUGCGGUCGCUUGAACAGGCAACCCCGUUUUCCCCAUCGAAUGUAACUGUUUAUAUUGCCAGUAAGCUAAACUGACAUGUAGCUGCGCGAUCUUACGAAUCACGGCAACAUUGUUUUCUCGCAC